AUGACAGAACGAUUCGUUGGUGCGCCCUCCCCUCGGCUUGACCUCUACAAGGAGCUCAGCUUCCAAAGGGAGAUCAUCAAACUGCGCAAGGCAUUCCUAAAUGCAUACACCUUCGAGCUGUUUUACAAGAAAAACUUAAAAUUAAAAAAUGACUACUUGAGGAGAAUUAAAAGAAGGGAUGGAAACGAUGGAAAGAUGAGGUGUAGCUUCCAAGAUGGGGAAAGGAGUCCCUGUGAAACCUCGCUGCGAAGAAGGGUAAGCUGCAUUAACCGUGAAUUUUGGAAGGUACAUCACGUGAAAGGACAUUACCACGUGGACGCAGUGGAGCUAAAGAGACACAUUUCCUUCUUGGAGAAGGAAACGAUAAACAGGUUUCUCUUCAGCCUGCGCAUUGGUGAGUCUAGCUAUUCGUUUGACGAGAAGGACACUUAUCUUUACCGGCUGUUCGUUCGCUUCCUCCGGUUUGCGCGGUUUGCGAGGCGCGUCCGGCGCGUUCAGUCUCAUAGGGGUGAAUUCGGCAGGAGAAGGAGCAACACCCUUGGCAAUACGCGUGACAGCCGAAAGGAUACCCCCUUUUUCUGCGACGCCCGCUACGUUAAACAAUUCUGCGCAUUCGUGGCACCCCUACUGAAGCGCCAGAGGAGGAAUCCCCAUUUGACAUUUCUAAAGCGGUAUGUGCGCAGAUUGGACUCUUCCCGCACGAGAAAACCCAAGGGGAGGGGAAAAAACUCCUCAAGGGGGACGUCCCUCCGUUACAGGGUGGAAGUUGGGACUCUACAAAAUGGGACUCCCCAAAAUGGGCAUAACAAACGUAUCAGCAGGAGGGAAGAUGCUCCAAUCUACAUGGUACUCUCCAUUUCUGCGGAACAUCCCACGUGUAAUUUGUCUGUGCACAGGAGGAGGAGGAGGACGACGAUGAGGUCAUUCCCCCUGAGUGGACAUCGAGAGUGUCUCCAAUCCAGACAACACCAAGUGGAAGUCAACGUAGCAAAAGUUAAACACGCCGUUGGACGAUUUAUUUUGGGGCAUCUAUACGACAAUUCAUUAAGUUCUAUUUUUACCUUCCUCGUCAGUAGAAGCAGCCAAUUUAAGUGGAACUCAAUUUAUGAGGACAUUGGUAGCACUUCUCAUUGCUGUGCGGAGGAGGAGGCGGUCUUCUCGGGGGAAACGUCCCACUUGGAAGGAAGCUCUUUUCAAAUGAGAGGACCCACCCAGAGUGGCAUUUCGGAAUGUCUAAAGAUGUUUUUCAGACCACUGCCUACGUACCACAGGGUGGAAACAGCGGAUGAUGAGUUUAUUUUCCUCCAAAAUAGUGUCCUCAACCUGCUGCAGGAAGACGUGAGGAAGCUCCUCCACAUUAGUGUUGUGAAUAUCACUCUUCUGUUUGAGCAUCUGCCUCUCGGGUAUCUCUUCUCUGUGUUUCUUUUUUAUUUCCUCUUUUUAAACAUCCCCGUGGGGAGUAAAACCGGGAGUGGUGAUUUCCCCUGUCCGUUUGGGGAAGCUAAUCCGAAGCAGCGCAACUGUGAGGAGAGUCCAACUGAUAAUGAUCAGGAUGCAGGCCGAGGUAGUAGCCCCCCCAGGUUACAGGCAGAAGGGGUGAAGGAGACGGAGGGGUGCUUCCACAGGUGCCUCCUCUGUCUGUAUGAUGCACUACGAAGGAACAGAAAUAUGACCCCGUUGGAGAAAAAGAAACGGUUAGCCUUCAUCCUGUUGGGUACCUUGCGGAGGAGUUACGUCCAGCCGGUCGACCAGGAGGAAUCCAUUUUGAGUCUCUACUUUGGCAGCCUCAUGAACAGUGGGUGCAUUCCUUACAAGGGGGAAGUGCAGCUUGUAUCAUAUAAAGAGGGAACACGAGAUGAUGAAGGGAACGAUCACCAAUGUCCCGUCUGCUGCCCUCCAUGCGGGAGGUAUAGCAGCACUCGGAAACGCCUCAAAUUGGGGGAAGGGAAAGAAGCUAACCCGGUUAAUACAGAGAAAUCGCCCCGUUGCCACGACGUCCAGCGGAUUUUCCGACGCUGCUUCAAACGGCUGAAUAGGAAGGAAUACAUUUUAGGCCAUCUCGGUGAGUUGAUAAAUUCCAAGGGAAGUGACUCCCCCAAUGGGGACUUCCAGAAGGGGGAAGAAGGGAAAAAGAAAAAUAUCGCCUCUAACUGUGCUAUGUAUUCACCUCCAUGCGAACUCUGUUCUAUCCUGUCACGAAGUGAGGGAGCAGACCAGUCGAAGAGGUCGCCCUUCAGACGGGACACAGCAAAGGAGAACAACCCUUCAAGCCGGCUUAGCAAAAAAGGGGAUGCAAACAGGAUAGAAAAAAAAAAACACACAUCAGUAGGUUUUUCCAACCAGUUGGAAGACGAAGAAAGAGUCCUCCAUCAGGCCAAUCGUCUAAGUGAGUACAUCUAUACUGAAGGAAAAACGUUUUUAGAAAAUCUGAAGACAUUUUUACGUCCCUUAUUAAGUGCCUUAUAUGGAAAAAGCAUCAAACAUGUUAACAUGUAUUUUUAUCUGUGCAUGGUCCAGUCAUCCCUUACGCUUGAAAGGGCGGGAAUUUCAUCAAAGUGCAUGAGUGGUAAAGGAAGAGAAGCGUCAUCUACGCAGAGACGCAGAGUGGCACCUACUACAGGUAUGAGGAGACAUCUGUCAAGAAAAUACCAACGGGGACGUGUUUGCAACCUCGUUGAGGAUUACCUCGCAUGGAAGUUCGAUCGAACGGUGCACCUUCUAUGUGCACGCAGUGGAAGGAGUGAGAUCGCAAAGAGGAGGUUAAGGAGGACCACUUCCUAUCUGCAAAAGAGUGUGAAGAAGUUAAACGUGUGGAUGGUUCUCCUGGUGUUCCGACUGGCGAACGCGGUGGAUGUGCGCACCUUUCGUGGAGCCACCCCCCAGGGGGUCACCACCCACAUGAGUACAGGAUCCAACCUUACCCUCCACAGAAGAAGCCGCAUACUUUCCCAAACGAUAAGUGGAGCGGGAAUCGGCAAAGUAAACACAAAAAGGCAGCUAAGGAGGAAUAUCAUUCGAUACAUACGUAGGUUACUUAGAAGUGCACCGAUUGAGAACUACGAUCUGUAUGAAUACUGCCAAAGAGACUGCUUCUACAUUCAGAGGAAAAACGAUGUCGUUAUUUUUAACUUAAGAUCCAAAGGGGGGGAGAGAAACUCGGCCGAUUCUCCAAAUGUAUACUACCGAUUUAAUGGGAAAAGUUAUUUCGUUCACGAGAAGGACUACCACACAAGGAGGACAUAUAAAAUAAAGUGCGUAAAUGUGUGCCUACUAUUUUAUCGGUACUGCUUUUUUUUUUAUACGAGAAAUCCGCUAGUCUUUUCCUUCCUCCUUAACCGUGUGUUUUGCGUCUGCACCGGAUGUUUGGGUAGAUACCUGGUUCUGGGCAGGGUUGCCAAUUUGGGUACCACCCCCGGGGAAGCCGCAUCAUAUACGUAUCAUCAUUCUUGUGCCAUCCGUGGAGCAGCCUCGGAAGACGCAACAACUCACGACUGUUUUCAUAAGCAAAUAGGAAUGCUCAUAAAAAACCGAAAGAACAUUUUCGUGCGUCACUUCCACUUUCUGCUCCUCUUCCUCAUCAUGCGAUACCACACGUUGGUUGGAAAUGUUCGCCACUCGGGGUUGCAGAGCUGUGUGCCGAAGCGCGUAAUGACCCUCCUGUGGAGAAAGCUGAAAAUCAAACGGGAGUGCUUCUCCUCCCCCCUCAACGCAGUUUUACCAUCCUACUGCUCCUUCUUCCCAGACAUCGAUACAUUUUUCGGGAGUUCGGGCAACUUCUUCGAGUUUCCGUUACGCAGCGGAGCGUACGAAGUGAACCCCCCGUUCGAUGUGUACCUAAUUAACCAACUGAUCGUGUACAUUCUGUAUCACUUAAAGAAGGAGGAGCACGAGUUGACGUUUUUCUUGGUCAUCCCGUUGCUGCAAGACAAGAAUUACUUUUUCGAGUUGCUCUUUGGGUCUCCUUACUUGUCCGCUCACUUCUUGUUGGCGCGAAAUUGUUACACCUUUUCGACGAGACUGUUGGAGAGCAGGGAAGAAGAGUACAUUUCUACUUGCGACUGCUUGGUCUUUAUUUUGCAAAAUGAAAAGGCAAAAAUUCAAAAGGGGGUAAUUAACAAGAAGGUUGUGUUGAAAAUAAAGAAGAGAUGGAAAAAUCUGAGUCACGUUAAACAAAAAAAAAAGGAAUAA